GGCGUCGGCUUGGGCAGGCGGAGCUUGAUCAUGGAGCCGGUGGAGACCUGGACCCCCGAGCAGGUGGCUGCUUGGCUGAGAGGCCUCGAUGACUGCCUGCAGGACUACCCCUUUGAGGACUGGCAGCUGCCUGGCAAGUACCUGCUGCAGCUCUGCCCGCGCAGCCUCGAGGCUCUGACCGUGUGGCCCCUGGGCCACCAGGAGCUCAUCCUGGAUGGGGUGGAACAGCUCCGGGCUCUGAGCUCAGGGCUGCAGAGUGAGAACCUGCAGAGCCUCACACAGCAGCUGCUGGAGGGCACCCAGGCCUUCCAGGGCCUGGUCAGAGGCCGCCUGGGCAGCUGCACUGAGACCCCUGCCGAUGUCCUCAGCGCAGCCGUAGAGCUAGUCCGGGAGGCCCAGGCACUCCUCUUCUGGCUCAACAGAUACCUCUUCUCCCAAUUAAACGACUUCUCAGCCUGCCAGGAGAUCGGGACGCUAUGUGCAGAGCUGGGCCAGGCCUUGCAAGAGGACUGUCCGGCAGCCGCUGAACGGGAGAGCAGAGUCCUGAGGAUCUGCAGCCACGUGGUCGGCAUCUGCCAGACGAUCCUGAGCUGCAGCCCCGGGGAGCUGCUGGGACAGAAGGCUGUGCUGGAAUGGGUGCAGCUGGACACACCUUCGGACCUAGAAAUCCACAGCACCAGUAACUGCCUGCACUUUGUGUCCCGAGUGGGUGCCCAGGUCCCUGCUGACCCCCAGCAGCAGAUCUUGCCUGGGGAUGAGAUUGUCCAGAUCAACCAGCAGGUGGUGGUGAGUGAGGACUGCGAUGACAUGAUGGGGAGGCGGAACAGAGGGCUGGUGGCCUGGUCCCACCAGAAUGUGAUGAAGGAGCUGCUGCGGCAGCCAGGCAGGGUCAGCUUGGUGCUAAAGAAGAUUCCAGUGCCUGAAACGUCCCCACAGACAUCCCCUCAGGCCCUGGACUCACCACACCUGGGACGCCAGUCACCAGCCCUGGCCCCAUUGUCUCCCAGGACCCCAUCCAAAGACGUCUUUGCCUUUGACCUGACUUUGAACCCGACUCCCAAGUCCACCCCUACCGGCACAGAUUCCAUGCUCCUUGACCCUGACCCCCCGCCCAGCCCUGUUGCACCCCCAGCCACAGUCCCAGCAGGGGCAGCAGAGGCUCAGGAUCCUCCAGGAGACCCUGACAAGAGUCCUGGCCUUAGAAGGAAGAAAUCCAAAGGUGUGGCGACCAGGCUGAGCCGCCGACGGGUGUCCUGCCGGGAGCUGGGCCGGCCCGACUGCGAUGGGUGGCUUCUGCUGCGCAAGGCCCCUAGUGGCUUCAUGGGUCCACGCUGGCGCCGCUGCUGGUUUGUGCUCAAGGGACACACACUCUACUGGUAUCGCCAACCUCAGGAUGAAAAGGCCGAGGGCCUCAUCAAUGUUUCCAACUACAGUCUGGAAAGUGGACAUGAUCAGAAGAAAAAAUAUGUGUUCCAGCUCACCCACGACGUGUACAAACCUUUCAUCUUUGCUGCUGACACCCUCUCAGACCUAAGCAUGUGGGUUCGCCAACUCAUCACGUGCAUUUCCAAGUACCAGGCUCCAGGGCGGCCCCCGCCAGCCCGAGAAGAAGACUGCUACAGUGAGACAGAAGCUGAGGAUCCUGAUGAUGAGGCUGGGUCCCGUUCAGCUUCGCCCAGCCCUGCACAGACCUGGAAUCCCCUGCAGCGAGACACAUCGCCUGCGGCCACCCCAAACCAUCACAGCCCACGGAACUCCCUUGGCCCCCUAGCAGACAGCAGUGAUGGGGCACUAGAAGGCAUGGUACGGGGACUGAGGCAGGGCGGCGUGUCCCUCCUGGGCCAGCCACAGCCCCUGACCCAUGAGCAGUGGCGAAGCUCUUUCAUGCGGCGCAAUCGGGACCCCCAGCUCAACGAGCGAGUGCACCGUGUGCGAGCGCUGCAGAGCACACUCAAGGCAAAACUACAGGAGCUGCAGGCGCUGGAGGAAGUGCUGGGCGACCCCAAGCUGACCAGCGAGAAGUUCCGCCGGUGGAAGGAGCGGAACCAGGAGCUGUACUCUGAGAGCUUGGGGAUCCAAGGCGUGGUGCCAGUCUCUAGGCCCCUGCCCUCUGACCCUCAGGAACAUGCCCACUUCUGCCCCUUGACCCCAGAAAGCACCCUCCAACCUCCUGACUUCUGACUGAGGCCCCUAUCUUAGUUCCUGGUCUUACCUGCUGCCUUAAUCCCAGCCUCCGACUGUCUAGACCAGCGCAUCCCUGGGUUCUGUUCCCAGUUCAAGGGGGCAAUGCCAGUUCAUUGAUGGAAUUCCCUCCAUUUUUGCCUGUGUCCCCUGGAGGGAGCCUCAUGCCAGAAGAGAGACUCAUGCACCGACCA